AUGGUCCGAAUCGCCGCGUAUGUUUUCGCACUCGCCCUUGUCGUCUUGCCUGCUCUUGCACAGCAAAAACGCGAGCUCUCCGAUGACCAGCGACUGUCCCGGCGAGAAGUCGCGCUCGAGAACUACCUCCUCGUGGAACGCUCCCUCGAAGAUUUCGUUGGUCGCGAGCUGAACAAAAUCGGCGGAAUACUUGCGCACCUCGAACGGCGAGCGAUGAUCCCAGACGCCACGACGGAGGAGCUCGCCAGUCGGGAGGUCGAAGAGUUGGAGGAACGCGAGCCCGAGCCCGAGCCGUUCUUCCUCUUGAAGGGCAUCAAGGCUGCGUUUAAAGGCAUCAAGAGCAUCUUCAGCAAGAAGAAAAAAUCGGCCGCUAAGGGAGCCGCAAAUGCCUCCAACCAGAACCAGAACCAGCAACAACAACAGCACCACCGGCGCUCGUUUGAUGAACCGGAGGACAUGUUCGAGCGCGAUAUUGACGAUCUAUUGGAGGAGCGAUUCUUUGACGAUAUUGAAGAUCUUGACUAG